AUUGACUUCUUCAUCAUCCAAUAUUAACGAGCAUGCCGGACCAAGCUCUCAACCGAGCGAUGCAUCGUGCUCCACCGAUCCGCGCGCACUCCGACUCGUCGGAGUCUUCCCGUCGAAGUCGCUCCCGCCCCGGCAGCACACAUAUGUCCAGUAAGCCCUCGCCAUUCCACAACCUGCUCAAGGCCCGCCAGCGUCGACGCACUUUCAGCGGUACGUCGGGAGAGUUCAACGAGAUGCUCAACCUGGAGUGUAGCACAGCCAAGUCGGUUGAAGUGUUUCAUGGUGAGGCCAGAGGCAUCCUGCAUGGCAUUUUCUUCUUCCUGCUGCUGCGCUUCGUGCUGGCGCUUGUGGUCGCUGUGGGCGCGGUGGGGAUAGCUGCGGUGAUCAUUCUCAUGGUCAAGGAGCCCAACGCGUCGCUCACGAGCUACUUGCUCUUCUACUCAUGAGAGGAUUAAGUCGCCAUUUACGGCUCGUCGACACAGAGUAGGUAGCUGAUAUGGUAUUUAUUUGGUAGUCACGUUGAGACAGUUCACGCACCAUGGGUGAAUUCUGUCCAGAUUCCACCCUUCC